AUGUCAGUAGGAAAUCUAAGGAUGUUUAAUGGUUGGAAUGUGGAUUUAAUUACCGGACUGUUCCUUCCAGAGGAGGUGUCACUGGUUCUAUCCAUCCCGUUUACUAGGGCUAGCCAGGCAGAUACACUAAUAUGGAACUUCUCUACUUUAGGGGAAUAUCUUGUUAAAUCAGGCUACAAACUUGUCCUGCCUAAUUUUGUGGAAUCUGAAGCAACUGCAACUUCGCCAAUUUGGGCCAAAUUAUGGCAAUUAGAUUCCCCACCGAAGGUUAAGCACUGGCUGUGGCGAGCGUGUCGGAUUCUGUUGGACGGAUCAGCCACUAAUUUUAGUGAUACUCUAUUGGGGUUUAUUGAUCGGCGCAUUGAUGAUCAGUGCUUGUUAUUCGCUACCAGCUUUCUUAGAGAAUGGAAUAACAUGCAGAUUGAUCGAAGCAAUUCCUCUGUAUCGUCGGCUCUAGUUCCGACAUGGGCUCCUCCUCCGACUGGGGUUGUAAAGUCUAACGUUGAUGCAGCUGUCCAUAUGACUGAGGGUCGUUCAUCGUAUGCUGGCCUUAUCCGAAAUGAAGUUGGACAGUUCUUGGUAGCUUGCACGGGUCAUCAUUUUGAGGGGGUUCUGGUGGAAACAGAUUGCCUGCGACUGUUUCAAGCUGUCACUACUGGUUUUGAUUCUUAUUCUGAUUGGGCACCAGUGCUAGAAGAGAUUAAACAACUGCUUUCUCAAAUAUCAUCUAGUGAAUUGGUUUGGGUUCAGAGGCAAGGUAACAUGCCUGCACAUGCUCUUGCUCGUAUGACAUGUUUACAUCCUUGUUUCCGUCUAUGA